AUGAAGUUUGGUAAAUACCUUGCCAAACGACACUUGGAUUUACCAGAGUAUGCCAAUUACUUUAUUGACUACAAGGCUCUGAAGAAACUCAUCAAACGGCUUGCUGCGCCAGACCCGCAGCAGGGCGAACAGAGUCGUGAGUUUGCCUACAAACGAUUGCAAGAGAACAAGGCGACGUUUUUUUUCCAGCUGGAGCGCGAGCUUGAGAAGGUCCAAAAUUACUACGAAAAAAAGGAGAGCGAGCUCGAGGCUCGAAUCGCAAGGCUCGAGCUCAAAAAGACCGCCGCCGCUCAGUCGGGCGCUCUCAGCAAAAACUCUGUGGCUUACAUUUCUCUUUAUGAAGGGCUGCAGCGGUUCAGGCGUGACCUGGAGCGGCUCGAGCAGUUUAUCGAACUGAAUGGGACCGGAUUCUACAAAGUGCUCAAGAAAUGGGACAAGCGCUCGCGCUCCCACCUCAAGGAGCUGUACCUGGCCCGGGCCGUUGAGGUUCAGCCCAUGUUUCACCGCGAAAAGAUGUCUGCGCUCUCAGAUAAGGUCAAUCAGUACUUUUUGGAGCUCGAGGCGCUGGCGUCAGGGUCGGAUCAAGUUGUGUUUGAGCCUAAUCAGGCGUCGCAGGAGGCAAGCCGAGACCGGGAUCUUUGUUACGAGUUUAUCAAGUUUGCCCAAACGUAUUCUCGCCAGGAACCUGAUUCCCAAGGCCAGAUGGACGAGUGGAUUUCACAGCUGACCCGUUCUGAUGACGCAAAGAAGCAAAUCACAUCGGCAUUCCUAAUGGCCAUGCCCACAAAGGCCCGUGACGAUGCGUUGCUGGCACUUAUAGAAACCAGGAAUGUCGAUAUGUCUGCCGUUGAUGAGAUCGCGGGCCGGAACUGCCUGCAUCUUGCUGCAAGCACGGACGGUCGCGAAAAGAUCGUUGCCCUGGCCCUCAAACAAAAUGUCAACGCUUCAUUGCAGGAUGUCUAUGGCAGAACCCCUUUGCAUUACGCUGCGACCUAUGGAAGACGUGAUUUCCUGAAUAUGUUCUUGGCGGCUGGUGUCGACGUAAACACUUUUGACCAUGAUAACUACUCAGCUCUUCAUUAUUCUAUUUUCAACAACUUCAGCGGCAUCACAGAAGACCUUGUAAACGCCGGUGCAUCCACUGAAGGAGACUCUGAGCGCAAUUAUAUUCCUCUGAAUUUUGCUUGUCAAUACGGAGCCUUUGGUGCAGUCAAGAUACUGCUUGCCAAACAGCAAAACGGCAGUAUGGUUCCCGAUGCCGAAGGGUUGUAUCCCAUUCACAUUGUUGCAAGAGCUGGCUUUGCAAAUAUCGUACCCCUUUUAGUCGAUGCUGGAGCAGACGUUAAUCAACUCGACAAGUUAAAUGGAUGGACUGCCCUCAUGUAUGCGGCCUCAGAGGGUCACGUUAAUGCUGUGAAUACCCUGCUAGAUGCCAAAGCAGACUGGAGAAUUUUGGACGAAAAGGGUUAUAGUGCAUUGUUUUACGCUACCUUUGAGGGUCGUCCGGCUUCAAUGCGUCGUUUGAUCAAGGAACUUCCCGCUGACACUGUUGAUAUUUCCGCCGACAACUCAGCGCUAAUAACCCAACCCCAAUCUGAUACCGGCGAGCUAGUUGAUCCUCUGGACGAAAUGGAUUUGACAGAUGACCCAGCACUUGAUCUCGAUGGAAUCCCCAGUCUCGCUCUUCCUCCUCCGAUCAUGCCGCUGCAACGCUACGGCCACAACUUUCUGGAUUCAAAGAAGACAAUUCUGCAGCUCACAUUUGCACCCGCUACGUCAAGCUCAGCGUCUGAACCUUCUUCCAACCAGCCUACAAAGUUUACAGAGAAUCGCAAGUUCUUGUCUGUUGGCCGUAUGACAGUUUCCACAUCAGGCACUCGUGAUUCUAUCCCGCGAAAUGUGGCACUACCUUUGCAGGAUAGCGAGUGUGUAUUGACCUUCCAAAUCGAAAAUAUCGACAAGUUCUCAAUUGACUUUGAGGUUUUCCCUAUGUUCGGUACCCGACUUCUCGCCAAGACGACCGCAUUACCCUCCACAUUCGCCGGCAGCGACAACACCUUGAACGAGGCUAAACUGCCAAUGAUGGAUGUACUUUUGCGACCAGUUGGUGAGCUUGAUUUCAAUUUCCUUGUUGUGAAGCCGUAUGCAGGCAAACCUUUGGAGAUCGCCAAGUAUGAAACGUAUUGGAAAUCGACUACCUAUGUUGAUGCAGAAUCGAAAUUGUCUAUUGUUACCGCCUCUUCGUUGGUGGGAACUUACCAUAAUGCCAAGGUUGUUCUUACUCGUGAUCUUGUUCCCGUGGUUAUGGAUGUGUACAUCGACUGCCAGGGAGUGAAACUUGGGGUUCCGAUUUUGACUCUUGAAGAAGUCCGCAAGGUGAGCCCGCGGCCGGUUGAAACGCUUGCCGAGGUUCUGGCUCGUAGCGAUGACUAUCGCAAACUUGAUUUGAUUAUUCCUUACCCCACGAUUGUCGAACAGGAACACUCUGUGAUUCAGUGGCCUGGUAUCAAUGAAUACGCAGACAGAAUCCUUCAUGUUGUAUUUGAUUAUGCGCGGGAGAUGCGAUCGCAAGACAAAAAGACGCGGUCAAUAAUGUUCUCGUCUCCCAACCCCGGUCUUUGUGCAGUGAUUAACUGGAAACAACCGAACUACCCCGUCCUUUUCCGAGCACAGGCUCUUCACACCAGCGACAUCUUCACUUCCGCCAAUAGCUUUGUUGCGUCUGACUGCCCCGUGAACGAGGCUCGCGUCAGUCUGUCUAUCAAAGAGGCCGCACACUUUGCUGCGACCAACAAUCUCAUGGGUGUUAUUGUAUCCGCAGACGUUCUUAAACUUGUUCCUGCCGCUAUAACUGCCACAAGAAUGCAAGGACUAGUGCUAGUUGCUAGUUCUGAAGGCGACGUGACGGUCGAAGGUUGCGAUGGAGUAGAAACAAAGGCCACCUUACAUUUUAAAACUCAAGCUGUAUAA